AUGAGUGUGAACAGCAAAUCUGAAAGUGCAAUGGAUUCCAAUUCUAAUACUGAGAGUGAGGAUGGUCACGAGCUACUUGGUCUUGAUAGAGAAGAUCUUGAGAAAGCAGCCCUCUUGUAUGAAAAUGUCAGAGCUCAGCGCAAAAAUAAGGAAGAUAACGACGAUAAAUAAAUUAGCAGACGAUUUUGUUAAAUUUCUUGAAGAGAAAAUGCAGAGACUGUCCAAAGUAAUCCUGAAUCCUAACAUUCCAAAGCACAUAAAGAGCGUUCAUAUUCUCAAUCUACGGUUUGAGACAUUUGGACUAUGAUUUUCCAAGAUGAAUGAGCAAGUACUAGAAGAGAAUACUGCACUUGGGAAAAUUUACACAAUACUUUUCAAGAACAUUCAGCAGAUCUACGAAGACUCUGUUGGUCUUAUCCAAGUCCUUCGAUCAGUUAACGAUGAAAAGAAGGCUAAGGGUGACCUCCUCGCUAAAGAGUUGGAAGUCAUGCAAACACUUGAAGCUGCAGAGAAGAUCGAGGAAGAACUCAACUCCUUUAGAGGCCAGCUGACAGAAGUCAGCAAAGAAAGAGACCAAUAUAAGCUCGAGUUAGAGGCCUUAAAAUAACCAGGUAGUUCAGCAACAGAAUCAGUUACAGCAGGUUCAGGACCAACUCCAGGCUGAAGGAAAUCAGCCAAAAGUGAUCCAAAGUGUUGAUAGCCAAGCAGAAAUUCAAGCUCUGAAGCAAGAAAUUGAAGAACUUAAGAUCGAAAAUGACAGUAUGAUGAAGAUCCUCAUCAAGCGAUCCAAGAAGGAUGUUCUUUGUCAGAGCAAGGAGUACAACACUGUUGAAGAGAAAUCUCUGGAGCCCUCUAUUAAGCAAUUUGGGUCAGCAAACGAUAAGAUUUAUGACUCAAAGGAGUACAAGUCUAAGUCCCUCUUCAUUCAGCCAACAGGGAAUCAGGCACCAUUAGGUAAAACUAGGGAAAAGAUUUUGACAUUGAACCAAACUAAGGAAAUAAUCAGGGAUCUCUACCAAUCAAAGAAGAGGUAUGACGAGCAAUGUAAGAAGAGAAAAGCCCCUAUCGAGACCAUAGAGCAGUAUCUCUACACAUACCUUAAUAAUAAGUACGGACUAAAGCCUCUGAUUAUUGAAUGGACAGUUGGAAUCGUCAAUGCAAUUAAACUAUUCAAAGAUGAAGACCAUGAUAUUUAUCUCUUCGCAAAAAUCUUGAAAAACAAAUGUGAAGAGGACUUUGUUGACUCCCAACAACAAGUUAGAGAUACUAUCAAUGCUAUCUUGAAGAUGUGGGCAAGAGAUAAGUAUGUAUACAAGCCAGACCACCAGAUUGACCUAAUGCUUCCAGAAUUAAAGAAUUCUUCCUUCAACUUGGACUUUUACAUAAAGGUAUUGGAAAAGCUGUAUCCUGAAGAAAGAGACCGUGUAUAUGUUGAAAUGCAUUUAGAAGACUAUCUCCAAAGACAAAAAACCAGAAUUGCAAAUAACACCACAUUUGCCAACUCUUCUAUUGUAAAUAUGACCGCAAAUAGAAAGGGUGCAGUCAAAAAUGAGAUACUGUUUAAUAUUUUUGAAAAGAUAGUCCUUGAUUACCAGCUCAAUGAGCACUGUAAAUUUUUAGAUAAAUUUACUGACAUUUUCAUCCAGAUUGACACUGACACCAAUGGCAUAAUCUCGAGGCAACAAUUUUUAGACUUGUUGUUUCAGAUGGACAUCAUUGAAGAUCCGCAGCUAAAUGAGGAUGAGAAUUCUCAUCCAGAUGAAGCAUUUUACUUGAUAAAUGCAAUUGAUCCUCAUGAAACUGACCAGAUUAUUCUAUCAGAAAUUGUAAAAUUGCUCACCACUCAUCCAGCAAAGCUGGGUGAGUCUAGAUCAGAUACCGAAAUGGAGCAAAUUAGUGUGCUCGAAAAUUUUGUCACUAAGGCUAUUGAACAAGAAGAUUUGCAAAAAUAAGGUCAUGAUAAAGCUACAGGAAAAGAUAAUAGAAGAAUCCAAGAAUGACUACCCUCCAGAACAUCUCUCCAGAGGAGAAAGUGAAAAGCUCCUUCCUGUGAAGAGUAUGAGUAAAGAAAUGAACUUCAAUGAUGAAGGAUAUGUUCCCCAGCAGUUCCAGAAUUUGGAGGCACAAGGAUUUGACCAAAUUAAGCAAGAAUAUGAUCAUUUUAACGACUAUAAUGCCAAUAGGCAUGGUGAAGAACAUCCAAUAUCUGAAAAUUCAAAUGAUAUUGAAACUGAAUCAAAUUAUCUUCACAGAGAUCUUGACCCAGUUGAAGAGGAGGAUAACUCCCAGAAAUCAUUCAAGAACUCUCAAAAUCAGAGAAUCAGCUGUGCGACAAGCGAAAAAGAUCUUGAGCCUGACCAUAUCCCUCAAAAAGACAACUCUAUCGAGCCAAGGUUAGAAUCAGAGAGUGAGUAUCCAAUGCAGGAAUAAUAUUUCAAUCCUUUCCAUAACCAAA